AUGUCUAAAUGUCCAAAUUAUUCUGAUAUGUCUAAAUGUCUAAUCAUUUUGACAUGUCCAAAUUAUUCUGAUACGUCUAAAUGUCUAAUUGUUUUGACAUGUCCAAAUUAUUCUGAUAUGUCUAAAUGUCUAAUUGUUUUGACAUGUCCAAAUUAUUCUGAUACGUCUAAAUGUCUAAUUGUUUUGACAUGUCUAAAUUAUUCUGAUACGUCUAAAUGUCUAAUUGUUUUGACAUGUCUAAAUUAUUCAGAUGUGUCUAAAUGUCCAAUUGUUUUGACAUGUCUAAAUUAUUCUGACAUUGAUAAUAAAUCCAUUGGAAGGCCUGGAUCUUCUGUAUGGAAUCACUUUACAAAAGGUGAAGGAAAAAGUAAAGGAAAGCAUACAGCUACAUGUUUAUUUUGUAAUAAAUAUUAUCCAAGAGGUACUCCAAAUGAAUUAGAGUCUCAUUUAGCAACUACAUGUAUUCAAGUUCCUUCUUCACUAAAAGAACAUUAUUUAAGAGUUAUAUCAAACAAAGAUUGUGAUUCAAAUAAAUAUUUAAAUCAUGAUAAAAUACGUGAAUUGAUGUUGUUUGCAAUUGAAUUGUGGGCAGAUAUGGGUCAUGGAAAACAAACUUCAACAAGGCUUAUUAGUGAAGCUGAAAAAUUAUUAGAAAAUGAAGAUAAUGAAGAAAUUGAGAUUGGAAAUGAUGAAAAUAAUGAAGAAAUCGAAGUUGAUGAUGUUGAAAGUAAUGAAGAUGCUGCAAUUAACAACCAAACAAGAUUAUUAAUUGAAGACUAUAUUAAUAUUGAUAUAAAUUUAUUUAAUUCCGAGAUUAAUAGUAGUGUAAACCAAUUUAUUGAUGAACAGGAAAUAAUUGAAGAAGAUGAUUUAGAUUUUUGA